UCACCUUUUGUAUAUUGAAAGCACCAUUUUUCUAGUGAUAAACUCUGCAAUAAACCAUGACUAAGACCAAGAGACUUCUCACACUUUUCCUAAGGUUCCUUGCCAUUGGAGCAACAAUAGCAGCAGUGAUUGUAAUGGUGACAAGCCAUGACUCUACUCAGGUCCUAAACCUGACCUUCACUGCCAAAUAUAGCAACGUCCAAGCAUUCAAGUUCUUUGUGAUAGCAGAAGCCAUAGCAUGUGGAUACAGCAUAAUUCUCCUUUUCACAUGUUCCAAAACUUCACUUUGGCGUUUGGUUCUGAUCCUGGAUGUGGUGAUAGCAAUGCUACUCUCUUCAAGUGUGUCAGCAGCACUGGCAAUAGCUCAUGUGGGCAAGAAAGGCAACACUCAUGCUGGUUGGUUACCUAUUUGUGGACAAGUUCCUAAAUUUUGCGAUCAUGUCACUGGAGCUCUUGUUGCUGCUUUCGCCGCAGCUAUAAUAUACUUUCUGCUUAUUUUUUCUUCGCUUUACUCUGAGAAGAACACCCUCUUCCUGUAAAACUUGCAACACAUACAUCACCACUCAAUUGUUUUCUUGAUUCUACGUACCUAUGUAGCAUCUUUUCGUUCUAGCUCUGGGCCCUUUACUCUCUUUGUACUGAUUUAUUAGUUCACAGAUAGAUAAAUCAAUAUCAUUGCACUGAUU